AUGCUUACUGGACCAUUAAUUCCCCUCCUUCCUGCGCUUGCAAUCCCACCGCUUCCAGUGCCACAGCCACAACAGAUAGGUGACAGGUCUGACGAUGAAGAUUCCGAUGGUGGUGCUGUUGAUGGUCCACAAAUUGAUGGUGAAGUGACUCUUGCCCGCACUUACGUCCGACGUGUUCCUCGGCAUCUGGAGCCCCUUGCAGCCUAUAUACGACAGCCACGAUUUCCAUUGCUGGUCCGCCAGUUCCUCUAUGAACAGCUACAUCCAGAUAUGGAGCUUCCCGAGAGUUUGGACGAGCUGCCAGACUUGUCCACCACACGCUUUUACACCUACAACUCCGCUCGUUCUAUCUUCCAUGCCCCAAGCGACAUCUGUGGAAUUGGCGGCAUGCGCCGCGAGUAUAUUCGGGCAACCAAGUCAUGGUUUGGCGGUGGUGCACGGUAUGACUGUGUGCUUGUUGUUCAUGAUCGUGAUGCUCCUGGCAUGCAGGGGAUGCAUGUUGCUCGAGUCCGGCUCUUCUUCUCCUUCAAGACUGGUGGCACCCUCUAUCCAUGUGCUCUUGUACAUUGGUUUUCUCUUCACGGUGACGAGCCUGAUGGAGAUACUGGCAUGUGGAUCGUCACCCCUGACUGGACACACGGGAAUCGAGGGCGACAGCCAGAACUUGUGGUCAUCCAUGUCGACACAAUUCUCCGAGCUGUUCACCUUAUGCCUGUGUUUGGUCGCGCCACUGUUCCGGAAGAAAACUUUGAUGCAACAGAUUCACUGAAUGCAUUUGAGGCAUUCUAUGUUAGUAAAUUAGCUGAUUACCAUGCACAUGAAAUCAUAUAUUAA